AUGUUGGAUCAUCUUUUGCCGCUAAUUUAUCGCGAGCAUGCUGUAUUUAAAAACGCUGACAAGGAAAACUAUGGCUAUAUUAUUCGUCGGCGUUCAAGGUCUGUUUCUCCGUCAGCCUCCACUGUGUCACAAACUGCUAUACGCCCUCAAAGGCGCAGUAGCUCUUGCACUAAAAUGAAGAACAAUGUCGCUUCAACUCGUCGUUCAAAGCGCCUACGCGAAGCCUCUGAUGCAAAAGAUGAUAGAGAACAGUGUACCAAGAAGCGGGCGAUUGCACCCCCAACGACCGAGCCUAUAACUAGCAGUAGUCUCAAGCGUCGACGUGAAGCCUCCGACGACGGUAACAAAGUGCCAACAUGUGCUAAGAAACACAGGAUUGCAGUUGAAAAAAAGGAAUAUAAUACACGCAAGCGCAGUCUGAAGCGACGACGAGAAACUUCUAAUGAUAGUGAAGUGCAAGGAUGCCCUCAAAAGCACAAGGUUGAGCUUAGUGCUCUCGAUGGUAAGGAACCAAAGAAUGAAUCAAAUGAGUUGAUAGACAAAGACGCACCAAUUGACAAGCAGGUUGAUGAGGGUCAAGAACGAGAGAAAACGACGUUCAAGACGCCUGUGAAAAAGCCCCAGGAAGUCACAAUAUCUGCCAAAAAGGCGACCAAAAAAGUAAUCAAAGUAAAAAAGGUCAGAGAGGUCACGAAAGCAGUCAAAGAUGCAAAGAGUACGCCUAAGCGAUUGCCACUGCAAGAUAUUACUCAUCUCUACGUUAAUGGUCACACUCGCUCGAUCGAGGACCAGCGACGCGAAUCUUCAGUGGCUGGACUCACGACUUCCGUAUCAAUUCGAUUCUUUUAG